AUGCUAUCAGGCAUACUAAUAUUUAAUCAAAAAGGCGAGAACCUCAUCUUUCGCGCAUUCCGCAACGAUUGUCGCCCGCGACUCGCCGAUGUCUUCCGCAUCCAGGUGAUAUCCAACGCCCAAGUACGGUCACCAAUCCUCACACUCGGUUCAACGACCUUUAGCCAUGUCAAGCACGAGAACAUCUACCUGGUCGCAGUUACGAAGAGUAAUGCAAACGCGGCAUUAGUGUUCGAGUUCCUAUAUCGAUUUGUAGGAUUGGGAAAGGCGUACUUUGGGAAAUUCGAUGAGGAGGCUGUGAAGAACAACUUCGUGCUGGUAUACGAGCUAUUAGACGAGAUUCUGGAUUUCGGGUACCCGCAAAACACCGAAACGGAUACACUGAAGAUGUACAUUACAACUGAAGGCGUGAAGUCAGAGAGAGCAAUGGAGGACUCCUCGAAGAUCACAAUGCAGGCGACAGGCGCUCUGUCAUGGCGACGAGCCGAUAUCAAAUACCGCAAGAACGAGGCGUUCGUCGAUGUGAUCGAAGACGUAAACCUGCUGAUGUCAGCGACUGGCACGGUACUGCGGGCAGAUGUGAACGGCCAGAUUAUAAUGCGCGCAUACUUGUCGGGAACGCCAGAGUGCAAGUUCGGGCUCAAUGAUCGGUUAACGCUCGGUGAAGACCACCUACAACAGCCAUCAGGCAACAAGGCGGGCGCAAAGGCGACUAGGGCGGCUGCUGGGAGUGUCACACUUGAGGACUGUCAAUUUCACCAAUGCGUCAAGCUUGGCAAGUUUGACACAGACCGGAUUAUCUCCUUCGUCCCACCUGAUGGCGAAUUCGAACUCAUGCGGUAUCGAGCUACCGAGAAUGUCAACCUACCGUUCAAGGUACAUGCUAUCGUCAAUGAGGUUGGAAAGACAAAAGUCGAGUACAGCAUCGCCAUUCGUGCCAAUUAUGGCUCAAAGCUGUUCGCGACUAAUGUCGUGGUGCGGAUACCCACGCCCCUUAAUACCGCCCGCAUCACCGAACGUACAUCCCAGGGCAAGGCAAAGUACGAGCCAGAGCACAACAACAUUGUCUGGAAAAUACCCCGCUUCACUGGUCAGAGCGAGUAUGUUCUGAGUGCGGAAGCGAGCUUGACCAGCAUGACCAAUCAGAAGGCCUGGUCGAGGCCGCCGCUCAGCUUGAACUUCUCGCUGCUCAUGUUCACAAGUUCUGGGCUGCUUGUGCGAUACCUGAAAGUGUUCGAGAAGAGCAACUACAGCAGUGUGAAGUGGGUCCGAUAUAUGACACGAGCGGGUAACUACGAGAUAAGGUAG